AGUGACUUUGAACGUGGCAUGGUUGUUGGUGCCAGACGGGCUGGUCUGAGUAUUUACUGGGAUUUUCACACACAACCAUCUCUAGGGUUUACAGAGGAUGGUCCCAAAAAGAGAAAAUAUCCAGUGAGCCAAAAUGCCUUGUUGAUGCCAGAGGUCAGAGGAGAAUGGCCAGACUGGUUCAAGAUGAUAGAAAGGCAACAGGAAGUCAAAUAAGCACUGGUUCCAACCAAGGUGUGCAGAAGACCAUCUCUGAAGCAACAACACCUUGUCCAACCUUGAAGCAGAUGGGCUACAGCAGCAGAAGACCACACCAGGUGCCACUCCUGUCAGCUAACAACAGGAAACUGAGGCUACAAUUCACACGGGCUCACCAAAACUGGACAAUAGAAGAUUGGAAAAACCACAUUCAGAUAGAAGCAUGGAUCCAUCCUGCCUUGUAUCAACGGUUCAGGCUGCUGCUGGCGGUGUAAUGGUGUGGGGGAGAUUUUCUUAGUACCAACUGAGCAUGGUCUAAACACCACAGCCUACCUGAGUAUUGUUGCUGACCGUGUCCAUCCCUUUAUGACCACAGUGUUUUUUGUGAGUCCUCCAACUAUAUGUCCUCUUGAGGCCCCAUGCAGCAAAUGACGGUACCAAACCAACAACAGGCUCAACACUGAGUCAGUGGCUGACUCUGUUUUAUGGCAGCCCUGCAGGCCAUCAUUUUAACAGGAUAUAAUAUCCCAUAUUGGCACAAUCACAUUCAAUUCUGUCCAAAUGGCUCAUCCAGUCAGCAGCGCGGGCACGUCAGCUCUGCACGCUCCCCCCCUCUUACACGCGGCGUCCUCCUCUGCGCCCGCGCGCCUGUGCGUGCGUGCGUGUUACGCGCUGGGACCCGUCCCUACAGCAGAGAGCAGCAGCGCAUCCAUCCUGCCGUGGAGCCGGGAGCGUGGAGCCGCGAGGAGCGCACCGAGAGAGAGCGACCGACAGAAGAUGGACGGAGUGGGAUCGUUCGGAGCGGGCCGGGCCGGGUCCACCGUGGACCCCAUCACCUUCGCCAAACAGCCGACCACCAUCCUCAGAGUGCUGUGCUGGAUAUUUUCCCUAGUGGUCUUUGCCUCCAUUGUGAACGAGGGUUAUGUGAACAUGGGCAGCGAGCGUCUCCACUGUGUCUUCAAUAAGAAUGGAGACGCGUGCAACUACGGUGUGUUCGUGGGCCUGGUGGGCCUGCUGGCGUGCUCCUUCUUCUUCCUGCUCGACUUCAAGUUCUCCUCCAUCAGCUCUGUCAAAGACAGGAAGAAGGCUAUAAUGCUUGAGAUCGGCUUCUCAGGUUUCUGGACCUUUCUGUACUUUGUAAGUUUCUGCUUCCUGGCCAAUCAGUGGUCUCGGACCACGCCUGACGAGCUGCCACUCAACCAGGGGGCGGACGCAGCCCGGGCUGCAAUCGCCUUCUCUUUCUUCUCCAUAAUCACCUGGGCCGGUCUAACAGUGCGUGCGGUCCAGAAGUAUCUGCUCGGCACAGACAUGACUCUGUUCACCACGGAGCACAUGGACGGCGGCGCACCCACCCAGCCGUACCCAUCCAAUUCACCAGGAGCCGGCACCACCGAGACCACAGAGACCUACCAGUCCCCGCCAUUCACCGAGAACAACGCAGCACCCACAUACCAGUGUCCUCAGAUCAGAGCAGAUGAGAGAAAAAGAAAACAAGAGGAGGAAAUGUAGAGGAGGAGGAGGCCACUUUGCAGUAUUUAACUGCCGUUUUGACAACAACAAAAAAAGAGAUGAAAGGAUCAACAAGUGAGUGACUCCACCACAAAGCAGUGUUAGAUAAAAAUAGUGCAGAAGGCACUCACGUACAGCACCUUCAUCUUUUUCUUUCCAUUUAUUCAAGUGUCAGAAUCCCCUUUCAUACCAAACAGGACGGGGAAUGUUUCUUUUUGUUUUCUAUUUACUUUUCUUUUUUUUUUAGCUCCAGUACGGUCCGGUCGUUCCUCCCCUUUCCCCCUGCUGCAGUUAAAGUGAUCAUGUGUAUUGAAUCUGCAUGUUUCCAAACUUAGAGAUCAACUAAGUGCCAUACUGUACUGUGUGUCUCAGACAGUGACUUAAUUUAGUAGAUUUCCACAUGCUGUAAAAAAAGACAACAACGUUUUGUGACUAAGUGCAAUAUCUCACAUUCUUAUGUAGGUCUGUAGGUAGUUAUAUACUGUACUGUAGGUAGGCUAGUUACCGUCAGAUUAGACCAACUUUAGACACUGUCUCAAAUUACGUACUAGACUUUGAAUUGUGCAACAAAUCUCAGGCAAAUUUCCAGACCGCAAUCGCCGAUCCAACCUGACUGACGUUUGUAAGAUAUGGAUGUUAUAUAUAUCACAAUCUAACAGAUCCUGAGAGAACUUUUCAUUCAUAAAAGCUUCAUCAGCAAGUCUUUAUAGCAUCUGUUCAAGUGUUUAUGGUCUUCCUCAGUGUAGUGGAAUCAUUAUUUUUAACACACUUAAAAGAAAAACUGUUACAGUGCAAAAUAUUCCUUGAGUACAUUGUCACGAUGGCUGAAUCUACGUGAUUCUGGUUCAUUCAUGCGAGAGCGGUCAGUUUUAUUGGGGAAACUUUAAUCCACAGUGAAUCACUUUUCAUUCUGUUAUUUUUCUGUGCCAGGCAGAGAUGGAUUAUUGAGCCAUGGGUCUACUGGGUACAGACCCAAGGUGUCAGGGGGCCUCUGGACCAGAGCCUCUGUUUGAAGUGGCUUUUAUCAUUUCUUAGUGGAAAGUUAACUGAACAAGUACAAAGAGACACAAGACUGACAAUAAGGUGAUAUAAAAUGACCACAAGGAGAGGCGAAAAGAGCUGCAAAGAGACACAAACAGCUGCAAAAAGAUGCACAAUGGCCACAAAGAGAUGCAAAAAACGGCAGAGACGCAAAAUGACUACAAAGUGACUCAAACGACUACAAAGACACUCAAAACCGCUACAAAGAGAUGCAAACUGGCCUGAGAGACUCAAAACAACCACCAAUCGACACAAAAUGACUACAGAGAUGCAAAACGACUACAAAGAGAUACAAAACAACCACUGAGACACACAACCAUCACAAAGAGGGACACAACAACUACAAAGACAUGCUAGCUGACCACAAAGAGACACAAAACAACUAAAACGAGACACAAAACCACCACAAAGAGUUUCAAAAUGACGACAAGCAGACUCAAAACCAUUACAAAGAGACGCAAACAAACCACAAAGAGGUACAAGACCACAGAGACUCAAAAGAACUACAAAGAGACAACCACAAAGAUACACAAAACUACAGAGACUCAAAAUGACCACACAGAUGCAAAACCACCACAAAGAGACAGAAAAUGACCACAAAGAGACAAAAAACAACUAUAAAGAGAUAAAACAACUACAAAGAGACACAAAACAACCACAGAGACUUAAAACAACCACAAAGAUACACAAAACUACAGAGACUUAAAACAACUACAAAGAGACAACCACAAAGAUACACAAAACUACAAAGAGACUCAAAAUGACCAUACAGAUGCAAAACUGCCAUAAAGAGACAGAAAACGACCACAAAGAGACAAAAAACAAUUACAAAGAGACACAAAACGACUACAAAAAGACUCAAAAUGACCACAGAGAUGCAAAACCACCACAAAGAGGCAGAAAAUGACAGCAAAGAGACACAAAACAACUACAAAGAGUAACAAAAUGACCCCAUUAAGAAGGAUGGGGUAAAAAAAACCACCUGUCCGUGCCCAGGGGCCCAUUGUGUCAUAAUCCGUCCACGGUACCAGAGAAUGUAUGCAGUGUGUGAUUUGAGACAGUGUCCUACGUUGGGUGUCGUGUGUAUAAACUGGGUCGAGCGGGGAGACUCUGGGUAAGUCAGGUCUGUUUAUGUUUACGUUUUAGAAGCUGCCAAACUGCCCUGUGUUCUUAUUGCUGUCUUUCUGAUUAACGUCUGAUUACCACGUUACUACUAUGUUGUUAAUGUCUAUAGGAGUUUAUGUAAUCACAGAGCCGGGGGGGCGACGGGUGAGCUUUUAUUCAGCGAGUGACAUCGGGACGCUGGAAGAGUCAGUGCAGUCUCAGGCAAAAAGAAAAAUCUGUUUGUGGGAUGUUGAGGAUCGCUAGCUGGCUAAUUCAUUGAUCCUGCAAUCCUGCCACUGAGGGAGGGAGGGAGGGAGGGGGUGGUGAAAUUGUUGCCAUGGUGACAGGGACAGGGAUGGGUGGAUGUUGGUCACUAAGGGCCCUGAUGUAGAUAGUAACCAUGCCAGCCAUGUCGGUGUGUAGCAGUGUCUGUGUUGUGGUUCACGUACACUCGCCAUCAGAGAAUAUGUAGUUUUGGGGUGUGUGUGUGUGUGUGUGUGUGUGUUAGCGUGCGUGCAUGAGAGAUGUGUGGGUCUGUGUGAGAAUGUGUGAACGUGUGGAGUGAAAUUUUGUGGUGCAUAAAACUUAUUUUCUUGAACAUGUGUUUGUCGAAGUUUUAGUGCAGAGGAGGAAAUCGAAAGUCGCUUACAACGUUAAAUCAUUUCCCCAAAAUAAAAGUAGUCUAAAUAUAUUAUCAGUCUCAAGAUAUCUGAAUUAAGAGUUUUUUAUGAACAGAGCCAAAUAUAAAACUUCCUGUUAGAGUGAUAUAAUUGACCUGUAGGACGCCUUGCCUGCUAUUCUAACUGAUCCUGUGUGAAACAGCGCCCUCUGCAGACCAGAGAAGGCCCUGCAGCAACAGGACAACUGGAGCUCUCAAGAGUUUUCAAAGUACUCAUGAUAAUAAUGCAUGAAAUCGUUGUAUAGAUCUCAUUAUAUAUUGAAUACUAUGUAAUUCUUAAGUUGUUUUGCAGAGUGAGAUUCGCCGUCCGUCAGCGCAGAUGACAGGAUUCCUUCUCGUGUUACAUUAAUCGCAGUUUAUUGUCGGGAAUUGCGACCACGUGCCCAAACAACCCCUUUGUUUAGUCAGUGAUGUUAUCUCAGCCUCGUGAUCUUGUUGCUCACACGUACACAUGUGCUAGUGUGCGCAUGUGUCAAAGCUCUAGUGUGAUCUCACUCAAAUUAGGUGAUAAUGAAAGUCAUUAUCAAUAAUUAGGGUAAUAGCUCACAAGGUAACAAUGAAGAUUCUGAUUGCAGUCUCAAGGCAAAUGGAGAAACGCUAAAGUACCAAAAGGGAUUAAGAUCAUUUCGAAGUGUAAAACAGAGCCAAGGCCACUCAGUUUACCUGUGAGCGUGGCUUUUAAAAACAUUUUACUCCCCUGACUGUCUGCGAGUGCAAAGUUAAAUGGGUAUAUCCUCCUGAGACCUCAGCUUCUGUCCGGUGUACAUUUUAAUGUCUCCUAGCUAUUUGGGAUCAGUCGGACCUGAUAAGUAUAAAAAACUAAACACUGUCUUUGAACAGGAAGUAGUUUUGGAGUGUGUAAUAAAGUAUAAAACUUGUGCAAAAACUAAAUUAAAAAUAAUGCAACAAAUCUAAACAUCUUGUAAUUUGUUCAUUUAAAGCCUCUACAUGAAUUUUCCUUGAUCCAUACUCAAAGCUAGGAAUAUCCUUUCGUCUGGCGCACCUUACUGGUCCCAACGUCCUCAAAUAAGACGAUUAUAAAAGCCUGUUACUGUCACUAAAAUUGGUCAACAUUGGCCAUAUCAAACUACAAACAUUAUUAAUUAUAAACAAAACAUGUUACAACCAUAAAAUGUGAUCAGGUUUUGGACCUUGUCCACUUUUGUGUCGGGAUCGGCUACAGACUAACUUGGAAAAGAUGGCUGCCAUCUUGAAAAGUGUCCAAGAACGAGGACGACAGAUCCAAGUAGAACAAAGUAUAAGGUGCAGCGAAACCAGAAUAUGGUGUCCUCAUAUUAGAACACAGGGUCUCAGGAGGAUGUAUUAAAAAUGGAGGAUAGCAGUAGUGAUUUCUUUGAGGGUUCUGGGUCACUGCUGGAGUGUUUCUGGAUGAGGUUUCAGGUUGGGUUCUCCAAAUACUUUCAGGUGCUGUGGUUUGGUACCAUUAGGCCUAGUUGGUGCAAGUUAAAGGACUAGACUUUGUGGUUUUUCAUGUUGUAGCCCCCAAGUGUGAACAUCACUGCCAACGAUUUCCUGAAGCGAUUCAUUUUUACAACAGCCAAAGGUUUUGGUUCAUUCUUAUAUGUGACGAAUACAGAGGCAAAGUCCCUCCCCCUCUGGUGUCUCCCAUGGGACCUUAUUUUGGAAAAACUGUACAGCAGACGAACACUGUUUUGAUCCCAUUUAAACUGUGCUGUGAAAUACACGAUGUUCUUGUGUGAAAUCGCUCAGUGAAAUACCAUCUCUCGUCUCGGAUGAUAUACGUCACUAACACCAAGAGGGCUGUUACCUUGGUACAAUUCACUCCCUUCUCCCAGAACCAGUGUUAAUGUCAUUGACGAAAUUUUUCCGUCAACAACCUUUUUUCCAUGAUGAGAACGAGACGAGGAGGAGCUAAAAAUAGACCUUGAUAAUAAAAACUAAGAUAAAAUCUAUGUUUCAUUUUCGUUGACGUGACGUGACAUGACAACAAACUGCGACUCUAUUGACUUGCAGAAUUAUCCAAUUCAAACGGGAUCAAAAGGUUAUUUGCCUCUUGACGUUAACUACCCUGCACAUUUUUACCACCUCUGUAUACAUAUCUUGAACGGCCAUUUUCUCAAAAUUAGUAUUGUUGUAUUAUUAUAUUACAGAACAUUUUAAUCCUAAAAACAUGAUGAAAAUUGAUUAUUUAUUUUUUAUGGCUGAUGACAGUGACUUCUGAUUUACGAUUGAAAUAGAUAUUCACAAUUCCCUCUGUAAAACCUGACUCUAUUAUGUUAACAGUAUGAAACAACAAUUUUGAACUUGGCUUGAUAUAAUGUUCAGAUUUCUGUUUUGAAAAUAAUGCAAAAUAGCACAUAUUUACUCAGAUAAUGCCUAUUUGCAUAUUUAAAACACAAUUUUCAGAGAACAUUUAAUUAAAAAAUAACUGUCUUAAUGUAACCAAUCAGCUGGGGGAGUUAAAUCAUGAUAUCUAUUAAAUAUUUUGACCCUGUUCAUCUGUAGUGUCUCCUCUGAUGCUAAAAUAUGAAAAAGUACCAGUGUAGUUCUUUAAAUCUUGGGUGUUACUGGGCUGCUGGUCACCUGUGGUCGGGUCAGACUGGGGUGUUGAUGGUAUUAUUGGGGUAUUAUUGAGGUACUUUAAGGAACUUUGGGGUAGUGUCAGGUCAGGUUGUCUUAUUGUCCUCAGUGCUUCGGUCUCUUCUUCAGUCAGUGUGAUAGAUAAAAAUAAUAAUACAAGCAUUCUCUAUGUUUUGUGCUCUGGCCCAUGUACACUACUGUGGUAUUGGUUGAUUGUAAAAUUCAGUACGUUAUUGAAGUAAAUGGAACCUGUGUGUGAUGCUGUCUCGGGUAUGGUUUGUCCUGUACUACUGAAAAUAUAAAAAUAAUAUUAAUAAUGAUUAUUUAUUAACUAGAAUGCACUCUUUGUUGGAAAUACUUUGUUUGACCACUCUUAACGGGGCCGUCGGCGCCAGAAUCAGUUUUAUGUGAUCAUGCUGUCGUUUUGUUAGACUGAGAUUAUAAAAGGUGAUAUGUAGUAACGCGGGUGCCAUCAGUUGUGUGGUUUCCAGUAUUAAUACAUUGCAUGGAUGUUACAAUAUCUCCCCCCCAUAAUAUUAAUGAUGAUAAAAACUGAACCCCCAUCGACCAACAAACGAGUAAACAUUGAUUUGUUAGCGUGCUACCCCUUUAACAUGUUUCUUCUGAGUUGUUUCUUCCUGUUCUGAGGGUGUUUGACCUCUUCAGUGUAAAAACGCUGUGUACAGAGAUGUGUGUCACUGUCUAUUACCUGAAUGUCUCUGGACUGCAGUCUGACCGUCACUCGAAUAAAAAAGAAAACAUGUUUUGGACUGCCUGUUUCUGUGCCUGAUUUUAAUGUGUCAAUAUUUGGAUUGUCUGUAUAUUUCUCCUGUGUAUUUAUAUUUGUAAUACGACACACAGUUGAUUAUAAAGACGCACAGUUUGUGUUAUGUAGUAAGGGUGUCUCAUUAUAUAGAAAUUACAGCCAUCUACAAAUGUGAUACUCUAUCACCACACAUUUAUCCCUCUCAUAUAUGGAGGACGAAAAAUGACUUCUGUAUCAA